ACUCGCCGGCUUACAGCAUCCGUAGCCGCCGCCGCGAGUGCAUCUCUUUGACAACCGUGUUCUCUUUUCCCGUAGUGGAAUUGCAGGAGAAAUUCCGAAAGCUUAUCGUUCAGUGAGGAGAUUAUAUACACAUAUAUAUAUCAACUAGUAAAAGAGGGGUAGUUGACUGUAGAAGAAGAAAUUUAUUGGAAAAUCGUUUCACGGACGAUUGUUUGGUCGGAUACGGUGCAGCCGAUCCGUAAGAGUAAAUCGGCGACCGGCGCAAGGGAGAUAGCAUUGUGAACCCGGCCGGGGGUGGUUUGGAUUUUUAUUCGCGUUCGGUGGUAGACGGAGCCAACCGAGUGCGAAAGAUACUCUGAAUAGAUCGGCCCGUGUGUUUCGUGGCUGCUAGCUGCUAUCUGCCGCUUACUCCUGCCCCGUUGACUCGACCCCGUGGUACAGUUUCUCCUGAUCGGUUUAUCGUGACACCCGAACGAGCAGCAAACGGUUUUCCUCCCCCCGUUUACGAAAAACUAAAGGGUUUCCGAUGAUAUAAACGAGCGUUAAAGGACGACAGAAUAACGAAAACUUUUUAAAGCGAUCUGAAACGACUUUUUCAUACCGAAUGCACGACUGAACUACAGUUUCAAGUGCAUCUUCGCUCGGUGAACGAGUGUAUUAGUUAGUGCGACUCAAAAAGUCGGAAGGAAUUUCCACGUUGGAACCAUGCGGUUCACCGGAACCAACGCGCUUUUCACGCUGCUUCUGGCGUGCGUGCUCGCGGACGCUGCCGUGUUCCUCGACGAUCUCCACCAUCAUGAUCAUGACUACGGUACGGUUGCAGGUACGCAGUCGUGCACCGACACCGAGUUCAAGUGCUCAGACGGCAAGUGCAUACCUGAGGCCUGGCACUGCGAUGGGGACAACGACUGUCACGAUAAAUCCGAUGAGGACCCUGCGAUUUGCAGGACGAAACCAUGCGGCGAGACGGAGUUUGAGUGCAGCCCGGGCGAGUGCAUACCAAAGCGCUGGCUGUGCGAUCUCCAGUUGGACUGUGUCGACGGGCUCGACGAGAAAAAUUGCAGCAACGGCACCUGUCGAUCCGACGAGUUCACGUGCGCCAAUAAAGAAUGUAUUCAGAAAGUGUGGGAGUGCGACGGGGAAGACGACUGCGGAGACGGGAGCGAUGAGAAAGAUUGCAAGCCGGUGAUCUGCGGCCCCUCAGAGUUUGCCUGCUCAAAGAAUUAUUGCAUAACGUCUCGUUGGAGAUGCGACGGCGACUACGACUGUCCCGACAAAUCCGACGAAAUAGGCUGCAAGAACACGAACGGUGAGCGCCGUAAGCAUUGCAACAAGGAAGACGACUUUGACUGCGACGAUGAUUUCACGUGCAUACACAAAAGUUGGGUGUGCGACGGUGAAAAGGACUGCCCGAACGACGCCGACGAAUUACCGCAGCGGUGUCACAACGUCACGUGCAGGCCCGACCAGUUUCAGUGCGAGGAUCACCGCAAUUGCAUAUCAGGUCAUCUGUAUUGCAACGGCAAAGCUGAAUGCGCCGACGAAAGCGACGAGAAGAACUGCUCGAGCAAAACCGUAGUCUGCGAUCCCUUGACUCAGUUCGAAUGUAGCGAGGGCUCUUGUAUACCAUUGUCAAAGGUUUGCGACAAGCAGCGCGACUGUAUCGGUUGGGAAGAUGAAAACCAGGAUCUUUGCGGGGUGAACGAGUGCUCGAAGAACAACGGUGGUUGCUCGCAGAUUUGCAUCGAUCUGCCUAUCGGUUUCCAAUGCGACUGCAACCCGGGCUACAGACUGAUCGACAAUCGAACUUGCGACGACAUAGACGAAUGUCUGGAGCCGGGCAGCUGCUCCCAGAUCUGUUUGAACCAAAAAGGUGGUUUCAAGUGCAGCUGCGUAGCGGGUUAUCUCAAGGACCCGCGGAAUCAUACACGUUGCAAGGCCGCGGAGGGUCACGCGAGUCUGCUCUUCACCAGGCGACACGAUAUAAGAAAAGUGGCUCUAGACCGGCUGGAGAUGACCAACAUAGUUAAGGACACAAAAAUGGCUGCGGCGCUUGACUUUGUUUUUCGCACCGGCAUGAUCUUCUGGAGCGACAGCAGCGAGAAGAGGAUUUACAAAGCUCCUAUAGACGAAGGGAACGAGCGCACGGUCGUGAUUGACGACGGCUCAACAACGUCCGACGGUCUCGCCGUUGAUUGGAUCUACAAUCACAUUUACUGGACCGAUUCGGCAAAGAGUACUAUAGAACUGGCCACUUUCGAGGGAAACAUGAGGAAGACUUUGAUUCGAGACCGCGUGCAAGAACCCAGGGCGAUAGCUCUAAAUCCUCUGGAGGGUUGGAUGUUUUGGACAGAUUGGAGCGACGAAGCUCGUAUCGAGAAAGCGGGCAUGGACGGAUCUCAUCGCACGGUGAUUGUCGAUAACGACGUACAGUGGCCGAACGGGCUGACUCUGGAUCUGAUCGGCGAGAAAAUAUAUUGGGUAGACGCAAAGUUGAACAUAAUCGGAUCGUGUAAUUACGAUGGUACAGGUAUACGGACGGUCCUAUACUCGCCUGAUGUACUCAGGCACCCAUUCAGUAUUACGACGUUCGAGGAUUACGUGUACUGGAUCGACUGGGACAAGGAGGCGAUAUACAAAGCGAACAAGUUCACCGGGCAAGGAGUCGAGCCUGUCACGUCGCUACGAACCCUCAAAUACCCGAUGGUGGUUCACGUGUAUCACCCGUACAGGCAGCCAGACGGAGUGAAUCAGUGUCAGGCUGUGAACGGUCAUUGCAGUCACUUGUGCUUACCGGCACCGAGGAUCAAUUCGAAAUCGCCUCUACUAAGUUGCGCCUGUCCCGACGGCCUAAGAUUGUUACCCGAUGGUUUAAUGUGCGUGGAGGAAGUAAGUACGACUGUAACUCCGACGACGCAAGAAAUUACCAAACCCUUCAAAAGACUCGAACAUCUCAACGUUACUACCUCGACAGUCCAUCCAUCGCACUCGGUAGACGACGAGAAGGACGGUCUUUCGUCCAAUUCAACAGACCCGGGUUUGGUCGCUGGUAUAGUUAUUGGGGUGGCGUCCGUGGGGCUGUUAUUCCUCGCAUUAGUCGCAGUAUUAUGCUACAGGCAUUACCUUCAUCGUAACGUGACGAGUAUGAACUUCGACAAUCCUGUCUACAGGAAGACCACGGAAGAUCAGUUUAGUCUCGAGAAGAAUAGAUUUCCGCUCCCCACUGCUACAGUUGGAGAAGAGGCUCAGGAACCUUUAACGAGUCCUGGAACUAACGAUUACGUUUAAGAAUGAAUCUGUCAAUGAAAACGGGCUUACCAGGCUAUUGAAAAUAAGUAAUAUCGACCAAGCGAAUACUAAGUCGUGUGUAGGAAAAGAAAGACAAAAUGAAACGAAACGAGAGAAAGAAAACGACAAAGCGCGCAUGUACGUCGAACGAGCUGUCCAAUAAAAUAUGCCUGCGUUUGCCCGCCUGCCUGCCAACUCAGCUGUGAUUAUGUUUAUUUUUUUGUACCGUCUCUAUUCCUUUACGAAUUGUAAUGCAUCUCGUCAUUCAACACUAACUAUACAUACAUAUUUACUAAACGUACGUACGUGCAACAUAUAUAUGUAUUUAGAUUUGCUCGGGAAGGCAUAAAGGGAGAAAUAUUUAUGGCGGACUAUAUUAUACAUACACAUAAUUGUUGCCAAAUAAGCGUGUCAGUUUUCUCGAGAGAUAGAGAUCGACGAGGUAUAAAUGAUGAGAAGAUAAAUGCUAUUUUAUAAUGUAUUUUUCCUUUUGCGUUUAACGUACGGUAACGUGUAACAUAUACAUAAAAAUAGCGCUAUUUACCGUUCUAUGUGGGGUCAUGAUGCAACUAUAAGUGUGUUUAAACUCAUAUAAAUAUAUAUAGAGAGGAAAUAUUUUUAUGUACGCGUAAGAUCUUUAACUUGUUAUUGUUUCGCUAUUUAUUCUUUAAGAAUAUAUUUUCUCCAGUAUAUAUAUAUAUCAUUUCUAAUUAGUGUACAUCGUUACGUUACUCGAAUUCACAUGUAUAUAAUACACGGAUACUCAAACUAUAUUAUCAUACGAAUAAUUUUCCUAAAUCCUUCGCGGGUUCGUUAAAUUAUUUACAUACACACAUAUACAUAUAUAUAUAUAUAAAACAUAUAUCGUACAAUAUUUUAAUAGUGCCAAAAGAAGAAAACGUUCCGAAAGUUUGUUGAUAUUUUAUACAGUGACUCAAAAAAAGACGUGGUCUCAGAAGGAUAUUUGUUUGAAUUUUAGGAAUAGCAAUAAAUCUAAUUUCGGUAAUACAGCUCAAACGAUAGGACUUUAAGCAUGUAAACGUGUAAGUCGUUUCUCCUUUUAUGUCAGGUAUACACAAGUACAUAAUGUAGCGUUAUUUUUGUUUUUGACCGCGUUCGCACGAUUAUUUCAUUAAGAUUAAGAUUUUUCUCACCGAUGUAUUGCGUUAACUUUGACAAUUAUAACAAGAUAGGAUUGAAAAAUGAUAAUUAGACGUAAUAAGAAUAAGAUCGGCUCAAUGACACCAAGUGUGACUGCGUGUCUGUCAAGACGAAAAAAAAAGUAAAACUGUUGUUUAGAUACUACACCUAAUAAUAAAAAUGAUCAGUGUAUAUGUAUAGAUAAUUAUCGCCUCGGAUUUAAGAGUCUUACUUGUAUUACAUUACACAUACUUUACGAAUUAUUGUACCGAAUAAUUAAAUGUGAGACAGACGUUCUUCUAGAUAAGACAUAAGAUUGUUAGCAAGUAUGAUAAUGAUUAGAACGAAAAACUAAGGUCUGUGUCUAUUAAGAAGUGGCAAUAACGUCCUUCGUUAUGUUUCUAUGAUGUAUAUUUUUAAGUUUAUUCCGUAUUAAAAUUAUAUUGGUUGUUUGCGCGACAUAGAAAAAGGCAACUAUAUAUACGUUUUCCAGUGAAUCGCACGGUGUUUCAUAUUUCAAGUCGGGCUGCAGAUGUAUAAAGGUUUGCUACUUUUUAAUAAAGCACACGCAUUCUUACAUGCGAGCGAAAGAGAAAGCAAAGUCCAAAAUUAAAGUAUAGAGGCUCGGUGGUGAUUUUAAUCAAAAGAUAGGACAGGAGUGUGCGGUGAGUAUCGAUUGCAAUUAAUAAUUGUGUGAAUCACAGGUCACGGGGCAUAAUUUAGCCAACCUAUUCGCCAACAUCGUGUCAAACAUUAUUUCUAUGCAAUACAUAUUAUCACUACACACGCAUAAUAAUAUAAAUAUAUAUAUUAUAUAUAUAAUUUAUUAUAAUGAUUAUUGUAUAAAUAAAUAUAUAAAAUAAA